AUGGGGUUGGAAACUGAAGAGCCAGAUGCUCACAGUCCGUCCAGCCAACGCCAGAGUGGUUGGUCCCCUUCCAAAGAGAUGUCCUCUGCUGAAGGAGACUCAGAUGGGGGGAAGAAAGCUUUUGAAGAAAAAGGCGAGAAGCUCUCUGCCCGUUCCAGCGAGAAGCACCCUCAGAGCGGAGAAUCAGAAGCCAGUUCGGGUGGGAGGAACUCCAGGAAGAGAAAGAUCAGUUCCAGGGACAGUGGCCGCAGUACAGCAGGCUCCAGCGCACGAGAGGAGCGCCGCGCGUCCUGCGGGAAGAAGCCCAAGACCUCGGCCGCCGUUCACAGCCCCGAGAAGGCGGGGACCCGCGACGCCAGCCCCAGGGGCCCCCAGAGGACCCGCACCCGGCGCAGCAGGCCGCCCAGACCUCGCUCCCCAGGAAAGCACUCACCACCGCUUCGGAAAUACCUGGUGACCGCCCUGCGCGCUAAGUCCGAGGCCGUCUAUCAAGAUCUGGCCCAGCUGUGGGCGCGGCAGGCACGUUCUCCGCUGACCCCGGAGCAGCUCGCCGAGCUCUUCCAGCUCCAGGCGCCUCUGUGCGCCCUGCUGCAGACCUUCUAUGCCAUGGCCGCCCAGGCUGCCUACGGCUUCCCUGCCCAGCCCUGGCUGACCCCCGCCUCGCGGCCUGGGCCUGGGGAUCCAGUCCGGGAUGGAGACGCUCACGGGCGCUCUCCUCCUAGGAGAGAGACGCGCUCCCGUUUACCUAGACAGGAGGUAACUAAGGUGGUCAGCGGAUCACAGGAGGCAGGACCUGCCCCCCUUCUCCCCAGAGACUCUGAAUAAAGACUCCGCACCUCUCAGAGUCGCCCCAGUGAGCUGCACCAACGAUUUUGGACGCGUCGUGUUAAUGAACCAGGGGACCUAGAGCCGGCCUCAUAAAGGAACUGGAUCAAUGCACAAGGUGGUUAUAACACAAAGGACAGGAAAACGUGCACAUAUGAUCUCGUCCGCUCUGUAAUUCUGGAAAGGGUGGAGAUCUUCCCUCUCCCAGCUCAAGUUGAGGCAGCCUGGUGUCCACUGAACUUUGCAGCUUUCUUUAUGGAGAAAUGUGUACAUUUUCUCAAUGAAAUCAUGUUGAAAUCACCACACCAUUGGUGAUUGCUUUUUCUUUAUGUGAAAUCUAAGGCAGCGUAUUUAUUUUAUAUUUAUAUUUAUUCCUCACUUGACUCACACAAGUUGCUUUUCAAAACUCUUUUAUGUGCUAUGAUUUCGUUGAUCUUAUUAUAUAGAAUA